CUCCUCUCAUAGGAUGAUCCUCCUCUGUUGGACGGUCAUUGUUGGUCUGAACUUGGGCCGAGGCAAGCAGUACUAUCCGGUACAAAAUCCGAACAAAGCACAGUCCACCAAAACGGAUUUAUUUGUUUAUAUGUAUAUAUAAAUUUAAUCUUAAGGAGUGGCAUACCGUCGUGAAUGGAUUGUCUGGUAUCCGGAAAGAUCCGUUUUUCGCCCGUGCGGUCGACUCCAAGGAAAUUUGAGCCGCAGCUGCAGGAGGAGCGCUGUCGAGCCGAGCACGAGCGUCAUCCGAUCUGACUCCAGUCGUUUACAGCCAUCACACCGCACGUAUUUCGAACGCACACGAAUUUGAUCACACAAUGGCAGUGUUUAGCUCACAGGUGCUACUUGCUGUUACAAGAUCAAGGGGAUCUUACCUUCUUUCUAAAAGACACGGUUGUGCAUCGCUCCCCUCGACAGCAUGCAUACGUUACCACUCUGAGUCCUUCGGACGGGCUACCCUCACAGCCAGGUGUCCCAGGCCACUCUACCCCUGCUAUACUUCCAGCUUCAUCCGCCCUGAUUGCGUGUCUGCACGUCCCGUCCACAGCUCUUGUGCGUGGCUACAGGAGGUGAAGGAUACGGUUGAGCCAGCUAAGGAUGACUCUGUUCCUGCUGCCUCUGGGACUCAACCGCCUCCACCAGCAGUGCCAAAGAAGUCUCUGGGACAGAGAGUACUAGAGGAACUCAAACAUUAUUAUCAUGGGUUCCGUCUCCUGGGGAUUGACACAAAUGUCGCUGGCAGGAUGGUCUGGAGGUUAUUGCACGGGCAGCAGCUCACCAGGAGAGAUAGGAGAAGGCUGAUGAGGACAUGUGCCGACUUGUUCCGCCUGGUACCCUUCAUGGUCUUCAUCAUAGUUCCCUUCAUGGAGUUUCUGCUUCCCGUUUUCCUCAAGCUCUUCCCAGAAAUGUUGCCUUCCACCUUCGAGACGGAGUCCAAAAAGGAAGAGAAACAGAAGAAGGGUCUUGCUGUCAAAUUGGAGCUGGCCAAGUUUUUGCAGGAGACCAUCGCUGAGAUGGCCAGAAGAAACAAAGCAGUUGUUGGAGACGAGACUCAGAAGUUCUCAACUUUUGUGCAACAGGUAAGACACACUGGUGAACAGCCCAGGACUAAAGACAUUGUGAAGUUCUCUAAGCUUUUUGAGGACGAGUUGACGUUGGAACAUCUGGAGCGGCCGCAGCUGGUAGCGUUGUGCAAACUGCUGGAGCUGCAGCCCAUCGGCACCAAUAACCUGCUGCGCUUCCAACUCAUGAUGCAGCUGCGCACCAUCAAGGCCGACGACGAGAUGAUCGCCACAGAGGGUGUUGCUGGAAUGACCGUAGCAGAGCUUCAGGCUGCCUGCAGGAGUCGCGGGAUGAGAGCUCUGGGUCUGACCACGGAUCAGCUCCGACAGCAGCUGCAACAGUGGCUGGACCUCCACUUGAAAGAGAACGUCCCACCAUCCCUCCUGCUGCUCUCUCGUGCAAUGUACCUCACAGAACUCACUCCUAAACCCCCUGUCAUCCCACCCGUGCCCAAACUGGAGAAGGCCAUUCCUCCUCCUGUGGAGAGCGACGCUUCAGCCAAAGGAAAUUCACAGUCGUCUUCUGUGGAGGUGAUGGUGGAUUCUGCGCCUGUCAUCAAAGACAAAAAGUCUGAAGAGUUGUUGGAGAAACCCAGAGUGUUGGACAUGCCAUCAGCAGAAGCUCAGUUAAUACAUGCUAAGGAGGCAGAAUUGUCACAGAAGUCCAAGAUGAGUGCCAAUGGAAUGUGAGAGAGGCCUCUGGUCACCACAGACAACCUCUUUCUGUCGGAGAAGAUGGUAGAGGAUCUUCUGUCUUUUUCUCCACUGCUGCUAUUUGUGCUGAGAAAGCAUCUCUCUCCUACAGUGCUGGCUUUUACGGGCCAUGAUGCCCCUUCUGUGCGUCACAUGUAAACAUACAAACACCCUUCACAGACACCUGAUGGACAAUACAUAAAAUACAUCACUCAAAGAAGGAGGGAUCGGUUGUGGUUUAUCUCAUGAGACUUGUAAAGACACCUCAAAACAGUUGGGGUGAAACGUCUCACCCCUGCACUCCAGCUCAACAUGCGUGAUAUGUUUACGACCUUCAGUUCUGACAAAUUUCAUUUGAUAAUCGCAACGAAAAUGUGUAAGGAACUUACACAGACUUGCCUUUUUUGAACAUUGUGUAAAUUUGUAAAUAAAUUGUAAGAUACCUCCAUAUUAUAUAGCAAAGUGCUACGGCUUUAUACAGUCGACUGUGCCAUACAAGUAGGCAAAAGAAGUCAUAUUUUAUUACAAGGAAUGCAUCUGCUAGCAUUCAUGAUUUAGUUUGGCAGAUGAAUUGUAAAUAGCCCAAUUAUCAUCAAAUUCUCUUUGGGAAGAGAAUUUUACAUUCACUCCUUCAGGAGAUGCGAUGGCGUAGCAGUUUCGCCAGACCUGCCUAUGGCAGAAGGGUUUCAUCAUGUAAUGUGUUCAUGGUAAGCUGUGUCCACCCUUUGAAUCAGAAAUGUACAUUUUCCUUAUCGAGAACUCUUGUGACUAUUUGAGUCAUGAAGUUUACAGCAGCAAAAUUCCCCCAAACUCAUUUUUGGUUUGUAUUAUUGUUAUUGCGUUUCACAUUGCACUGGCUAAACCACUGACAGGAAAAAUAUAAUAUGGGAAUACUGUAAAGUAUUAGUUUUAAAAGCAUUGAUGAAUCCCAAAUUGCUGUUUGCAUUGUAUUACCCCAUCUCUUUAAUUCGGCUGUAAUGUUAAAGCCCAAAUCUGUUGGUGCACUUCAUGUAAGUUAAACAAAUUAUACACAGUGGAAGAUGAAACUGCGUGUCAUUGGGUAAAACAAUAUAUCAUCUUUGACUCCUGUAAAGAAAUCAAGGUGCUCAUUAUUGCUUUAGCUUGUAUUUGUUUCUUGCAUCGUUGGUAACCAAAUAACAGUGAUACCCAUUCACUUCUAUUAUAUGCACACAAAACCAAUGCAGGUCAAUUAAAUGGGUACAGCUGUUGUUUGGUUACCAACAUUCUUUAAAAUAUAUAUUUUUUGUUCUGCGCAAGAAAGAAAGUCAUACAGAUUUGAAAUGACGAGAGUGAGUAAAUGAUCACAGAAUUUUAAUUUUUGGGUGAACUAUCCCUUUAAAAUAACUAAAAGUUGGCAAAUGUAUUAUUUUGUCUUGAAUUCAGAAGAAAACAAAUAUUUUUUUACAUUUAAAUACAGACGUGUCAAACUGUAUGAUUGGUUAAUUCCCCCCUUCUAUGCAGCUACAUUAAACCAAGUAAUGUUCAUAUAACACAAGCUGUCUUCACAUGGGGUUUUGACUACGCUCGGCUUGUGAUUACUCAGGAAUACUGGUCGGUGGUUUAUUGGAGAUACCUUCAGUGUUCUUUGACCUAAAAAUCCCUUUAUUCCUCAGAUAAUGUGUUUAGUAGAGCAGCAGGACUCAUAUACUGGUACAGUACACACACACAGCCUGAGGUUGGUCACAAGACUCUUUAACCUCUUGAAAGAGGACUGGUUUAAGGCUUUGAUCAUUCUGAUUGGGUGAUCAUUAGUAAAGCCCUGCUUGUGUUUAAAAAUGAUGUGAAACCUAUUACACCUAAUACACCCACUGACAAAUAAAUUGAUGGCAUUUAACUGUGAAAAAUAAGUAUUUAGUGAUUUGUUUCUUGACUUUGAAUAUAGGCCUAUUCAAAAUAGAAAAUAUUUUACAUUUAAAAUCGUCGCCUUCGAAUUAUAAGGUUCUGUCUGCUUUCUGAGCAGUUUUCAGAUACUGCGUGUCGAAGUCUCUUUAUUCCAUUUGACUUUGUAAAACCUUAUUUUCUAAAAAAAAGUCCCAAAAUAUACAAAACAUAAAGAAAAACUUUAAAAAAUAUAAAUUAGUUGUCACAGAAUAAUGUUGACCAAAGUGUCAGAUAGAACCUUAUAAUUCCAAGGCAUCGAAAUACAGAAAAAAUCACUGUUUAUCUCCUUUUAAUUUAAUUUGAAAAAGUACAUGCAGCUCUUCGGUUAAAGGGAAACUUCACCCAAAAAUGAAAAUUCUGUCAUCAUUUACUCACCUUCAAGUUGUUACAAAUCUGUAUAAAUUGCUGUGUUCUGAUGAACACAGAGAACGAUAUUUGAAAGAAUGCUUGUAACCAGACAGAUUUUGCCCCCCAUUGACUACCAUAGGAAAAAAUGCAAUGGUAGUCAAAAGUGCCCCAGAACUGUUUGCUGUCCUACAUUCUUCAAAAUGUCUUCUUUUGUGUUCAACAGAAAAAAAAUAUUAAAUCAUUUUUCCUACUAUGGGAGUCACAGAAUUUAAAUUUUUGGUUGAACUAAGUUAUCCCUUUCAGUCAAACCUGGAAGACUUCUUUUUGUUUCCAGUCUUACCUCAGACGUGAAUUUUGAAGUUGCUGUGCUAAGCAAUUUGCCGAGCUUUAUUUCCAUUUAUAUUAAGGCUUUCAAGUGUUUGAAAAAUGUAGGGGAAACUUUGCACAUAUGUAGGAUUUGUUUACCUUUAAAAUGCUGAUGUAAUAAUGUGAAAGAGAUGGACUAAAGUGACAUCUAGCGGUUCGCGUAUAAAACUACAUCCCUCGAUUCAAUAUUUCAGUAAAAAAAAUGGAAGUGGACAUACACCACACAUCCUCUCAUAGAUAAGUGGGUGACCGUAGCAAACGUAUCAACAAUUUGUGGAAGACCAGAACACUUCCAGCUCACCGUUUGAGAGUAUUAAUAAGACUGAGGACACAAAAAGCUCCAUCAAAGCAUAGACCUACAAGUCCUAAAACCAACAUCUGUAUUUUUUCACAACAAUAUGUCAUUUUGACUGUCUUCUCUACCGUAAUAAACGCUACUGUACAAUA